AUAAAUAGUUGUCAUUCUCAUCUGGUUGCUCGUGCAAGCGAUCGUUGAGAAUUUUAUUUUUGAUUAUUUUGGCUUUAUUGUUUGAUUUAUCAAAUUGUCGAUUGUUAAGUAACGUGUACCGACCAUAUCAUUAUAGGUCUAUAAUGUCGGUGAUGGAAUUCCUUAAGGAUCUACCGUCGUACGACGAGCACAACUUCACUCUUUUCAAUACGGACCAUGGAAUCAGAAAUUGUUCUAAAAGACCGUCAAUAUACUUACCAACUAAGGAUAUACCAUCUGAACAAAUUAUUGUUACAGAAAAAACAAAUAUACUGUUAAGAUACCUUCAUCAGCAAUGGGAGAAAAAGAACAACAAUUCACCGAAAAAGCGCGACCAGAGCCACAUCGAACAAAACGGCGACGACAAUCGACCUCGCAAGAGGCCUUGUAUCAACUCUCCGCUCAACUGAAGAUCUGCUAACAAACCACCUAGUUUGUGCUUCAGUUAUAGACUUUACCAAGUGUAUGGCAGUUUUGUAUUGACAUUUAUAUUACACAGUUUUAAGUCAAAUUAUACUAUGGUUCUUGAAACUCAUUGGUCUCGUGUAUUCUGGGAGGAAUAAAUUCAUUUAUUUGUCAAGUGCCAUUACAUUAGAAUCUUUGAACUUCUUUAUCGUAUUAUAUGUGGCUGUAAGUUUUGUAUUUUAGUGGAAAAUUGCUGUAUGAAUUAUGUUCAUUCCAAGUUUUAAUAUUAAGUUUUUACGCAAUAAAUAUUUCUUAGAGUCCAUAAAAUUCGAAUGGAAUAUAUCAAUAGCCUUAACAAAGUAAAUUAAGAAUGUGUUCAGUAAUUUAAGCGCUUGGAAUAUAAAUCUUAGUUAUGCAAUAUUUGAUGGUGCCUCGAUUAAAUAUUUCUGUUUGUAGCAUAUAAUUUUUUAAAGUCAAUUUAUCAGUAACAUCAAAAUACAUAUGUAUUAAAUAUCAUUCGUAUUUUACCAUUGUGUAUUUACAUAGACAACAUGAAGAUAUAUUUUGCUAAAGCAGAUCAUUGCAACUUAAAUGUUGUGGUUUGGGAGGUACACGGAUUGCAUACUACACCAUGCAAAGAAGCUUUAGGCCGUCAUGCAAAAGAAAAACAGCAGUUAGGUUGUACCAACUAGUUCACCAUUCACAAAAAAAAUAUUCUUUUAUCAGCACUGCUACAUAUUCCUUUCUUCAAAAUUAAAUGCUUAUUUUAUAUCAUCUUUUUGGCAUCUUACAUUUAGCUAUGUUAUAGGUUAAUAGUUUUAUAUUAAGUAAAGCUUAUGAGGUUUAAAUCUGUGUAGUUUAAAGUGGAGUUUGUAACCUUGAAUUGUGUGUUCUUUAAAAAAAGGAUUGAAUAUUUGUGAUUUAAAAUUAUUUGUAAUGGAAUACAAGAGAUUGGUUUGGCCAAUACUUUGUUCUUAUGAAGCUUGUCUAAUAUAUUACCUUUGUCAUGUAUUUUUUUUAUUUUAAAUUUUAGAUCUUUACACUUAUGUCACAAAA